CGGCGACUUAGCAGAAGAGUCAAGCUCCCGCUUCAACAAUGGCGGAUCACCACAAUCAUCACCAACAACAUCGACCAAAUCGUCUAUCAGUACCACCAAGAACCGCCUCAAUCGGGAGAACAUAUCCUUCAUUCCCAUACACUCCAACACCAACCCCUUCCAAAACCCGAAUCAGAUCGACCCAUGGAACCACCACUAAAUCCUCAAUUUCAUUUCUCCUCCUCAUCCUCUUCUCUCUCCGAUCUCUCUACUCUCUCCUACCUUUCCUCCGCUCUUCCCCUUCCUUCUCCCUCUUCCCUUUCUCCUUCCUCGUCUCCCUCCUCUCCUUCCUCUUCUCCCUCGCUUUCACUCUCUUCUCCCCCUCCAAGAAAGACUCAUUCCUCCGCCACAACAACCGCACCCUCUUCUCAAUCGCAUCAUCUCUCUCCUCCUCCCAAUUCAAACUCAUACUCGCGAAAUCCCUGUUUCUAGCAGUCGUCUUCCUCCUCCGAUUCCAAGCUCUCCGUUACUGCAGCGCAGCUGCUAUGAUCUUAGCCGAGCUCUCCGGCACUGUCUCCGCCAGAGUCUUAUCACGCGAUCACGGUGGAAUUCGAUCAUCAUCAUCCAAGGCUCGUGGCUUUUGCAUACUCUUCGCGGGGCUGUUAUUGUUAUCAAUCAGCUGGGAUCGUGUGGAUUGCUUCCCUUUCUCUUCCUCAUCUCUACAUAAUUGCUUGAGAAUCUGGCCUAUGUUGCUUCCCUUUCUAUCCGGCUUCUUAGGUUGUUACGAGAAAGUCUCCGUCGAGAUCAAACAGCUUGAUCAGAAACGCGUUCGUUUGAUAACAUUGUUUCUAACCACCGUCUUGUUGUUCCCACUUGCUCUCUGGAGUUUUAUCUUCUCUGCAAAUGAUGAAGUUAGUGUCUCCAUCGGGAAUCUAGGUUGGCCGUUAGCGAACACCGUCGUAUUCGGAGUACUCUUGAGUGAGAGUUACAACGAAGAUAAGUUGAAGAAGAAAGAUUCCGAGAGAGAGUUUCUUGUUACGUUUCUUUGCACUAUCGUAUUGGAACUCUUUUACUUUCCCGAGCUUUCUCUUUGGGGACUGUUGUUAUGUGGUUUCUUGCUUUACGUUGCUGUUAGAGAGUUGGACUCUUCGGAUUAUUAUCAUCAAGAGAUUGGGAUGGAAUCUCCGGAAUCGUUUUUAACCGUUUUUAUGAGACCUAUCCGUCAUAUUUUGAGUGAGAAGAAGUCUAGGAAGAUUGCGCUUUUUCUUUUGAUCAAUACUGCGUAUAUGGUUGUUGAGUUUGUUGCGGGUUUCAUGAGCAAUAGUCUUGGACUUAUAUCUGAUGCGUGUCACAUGUUGUUUGAUUGUGCUGCUUUGGCGAUUGGGUUGUAUGCGUCUUACAUCUCUCGUCUUCCUGCUAACCAUCAGUUUAACUACGGUCGUGGGAGGUUUGAGGUGCUUUCUGGUUAUGUCAAUGCGGUGUUUCUUGUUCUUGUUGGAGCUCUGAUUGUGCUUGAGUCUAUUGAGAGGAUCUUGGAUCCUCAAGAGAUUUCUACGAAUAGUCUUUUGGUUGUUUCGGUUGGUGGGCUUCUUGUGAAUGUUGUUGGGUUGAUCUUUUUCCACGAGGAGCAUCAUCAUGCUCAUGGUGGAGGAUCUGGUUGCACACAUUCUCACUCGCACCAGUCCCAUAGCCAUGAGGAGCAUCACGAGCAUGAUCAUCAUCAGCAUCAUUCCCAUAGCCAUAAACAUGAGGAGCAUCAUGAGCAUGAUCAUCAUCAGCAUCAUUCCCAUAACCAUAAACAUGAGGAGCAUGUUGAGCAUGGUCAUCAGUAUCAUUCCCAUAACCAUGAGGAAGGUCAUGAAUGCAACCACAACCAUGACCAUCAUCAUUCUCAUAACCAUACUCAUGAGGAGCAUCAUGAAGACAAACACAGCCAGGGGAAAGAUCAGGAGCAUCAUCAUCAUUCUGAUCAUAAACCCACGAAAGGUGAAAACAAGGAGCAUCACCAUAUUGACCAUAACAUGGAAGGGAUCUUCCUUCAUGUUUUAGCAGACACAAUGGGGAGUGUUGGAGUUGUGGUUUCGACACUCUUGAUCAAAUACAAGGGCUGGUUAGUUGCAGAUCCAGCAAGCUCAAUCUUUAUCUCCAUCCUCAUCAUCGCUUCAGUCAUUCCGUUACUCAGAAACUCUGCAGGGAUUCUACUGCAGAGAGUCCCCAAGGCUCACGAGCAUGACCUUAGAGAAGCAAUGAGGAACAUCCUCAAGACGAAAGGCGUUUGCAGUAUCCAGAGACUGCAUGUAUGGAGCUUCACGAAUUCAGACGUGGUGGCUACUCUGCAUCUCCUUGUAUCUGCUGAUUCAGACAAGACGGAUACAAAGUUGCAAGUUUCACGUUUGUUAGAAGAUGCAGGAGUAAAAGAUUUGACUUUGCAGGUUGAAUUUGUUAACUCAUAGCAAUUUAUAUAGUUUUGAGAGUUGUCACUAGACAGACAAACAUCUAAAACUUGUUUCAUUGUUUCAAAAUAAAAUGUUUCAAUAACUUCUGUGAGUUUUCAUUAAAGAGCUGACCAUGGAUACAUACAUGAAUAGUGUACUAAAACCGAAC